AUGGCGGAAUCUAAAACAUAUCUACUCCAGGAGGGUACCACAGAUCGUGGAGAAUCCCUCCCUGAACACUGCUCCCUCGAGCAGAGUUCAGGCUGCCCCUCGGAUUCUGGGGGGGGCAAAUUUCGCUCUAAGAAUAUAAAUACAAAAACUAAAAACCCGAAAUCUAAUCUCACCCAGCAGAUUUUUCAUAAGGGUCUCUUUAUAAACAGACCUAGAUCGAACUCUUACAGUGGCACAUCAUCAGAGGCACCUGUAACUAACACACAAACCCUAGAGGCUCUUUAUGUGGAAAAUGCUCAUAAAAACGACCAAAACGACACACAAAACUGGCAAAAAGAGAACAGUCGCAAGAGACUGAGAAGCAGUCCUGAAACAACGUCACGAACCCAGAAACAAACCAAACUGAGUUAUUGGCUGGCGGCACCAGUACCAACAUCGAAUAUGUUUGCGGAACUAGCAAUUCCUGAAGAAACGAAAGCUGCAGACCAAGUAACGCGUCAUAUAGAAAAGCCUCCCCCUUUCUUCGUUGACAAGGUCAGUAAUAUUCAGCCCCUAUCAAAAAUGUUAGAAGACGUGGCUCACGAAGAUUACGAAAUCAAAAUCUUACAAGGUGAAAGAGUCAAAAUUCAGGCUAAAUCCCCCGAGUCAUACUCGACUAUUUAUAAAGAACUCAAAAGUAGAAACACUGAGUUCUUCACAUACCAACCUAAAGGGAUAAGGGGAAGUGUUGUAAACUCGUGUGGAGUUGCUGGACUCCCAUCGACCGCGUCCCAGGUGGUGGAUAGGGAAUGCCCCCCAGAUAUGGGAGGUACUAGGGAAAUCAAAUACCUAGCGCGAACCAAAACCAGUAGGCAUGGGCGUGCCUUUAGUCUCAUUUUUCAUAAGGGUCUCUUUAUAAACAGACCUAGAUCGAACUCUUACAGUGGCACAUCAUCAGAGGCACCUGUAACUAACACACAAACCCUAGAGGCUCUUUAUGUGGAAAAUGCUCAUAAAAACGACCAAAACGACACACAAAACUGGCAAAAAGAGAACAGUCGCAAGAGACUGAGAAGCAGUCCUGAAACAACGUCACGAACCCAGAAACAAACCAAACUGAGUUAUUGGCUGGCGGCACCAGUACCAACAUCGAAUAUGUUUGCGGAACUAGCAAUUCCUGAAGAAACGAAAGCUGCAGACCAAGUAACGCGUCAUAUAGAAAAGCCUCCCCCUUUCUUCGUUGACAAGGUCAGUAAUAUUCAGCCCCUAUCAAAAAUGUUAGAAGACGUGGCUCACGAAGAUUACGAAAUCAAAAUCUUACAAGGUGAAAGAGUCAAAAUUCAGGCUAAAUCCCCCGAGUCAUACUCGACUAUUUAUAAAGAACUCAAAAGUAGAAACACUGAGUUCUUCACAUACCAACCUAAAGAAGCCGCCCAAGUGGUGGCAUUGCUGGAUUCUGGACUUAGUCAGCGUGUGGUGGCUCGAACAUUGCAUCUAAGCCUUUUUUUUGUUUGGGAAAAAUCAUCAAAUGACUUCUCCCGCCUAGGGCAGAGCAGGAGGGAGUACCUAUGA